CUUUAUACACAAUAUUAGACAGUACAUUUUAACAUAGAGUGCCUUUCGUGCAUCUCGUUGAAGCUUCAAGAGCUGAACAAAAUGUAUAACGUACAGAAUAAAACAGUAAUGGUCACUGGUGCAGCUGCUGGAUUAGGUUAUAAGUAUGCCGAAAUAUUACUUCGUAAUGGUGCAAAAUGUGUUGCCAUGAUCGACUUGCCAACAUCAAAUGGACAGAGUGCAGCAGCAACGUUGGAGAAAGAAUUUGGAAGUGGUCGUGCUGUCUUUUAUGCCUGCGACGUGACGAAGGCAGAAGAUUUGGAGAAGACAUUCAAGAAGGUCAUCGAUGCAUUCGAGGGACUUGACAUUCUUAUUAAUAAUGCUGGUAUAUUAAAUGACGUAUACUGGGAGCGGACGAUCGAUGUCAAUGUAAAGGCGCUAAUACGCAGCUCUUUUUUGGCGAUGGAUUACAUGGGGAAGCAUAAAGGCGGCAAAGGUGGUGUAAUCGUGAAUAUUUCAUCCAUAGCUGGGUUACUCCCAUAUGUCAUACAUCCAGUAUAUGUCGCUUCGAAACACGCCGUUCUUGGAUUUAGUCAGGCUCUAGCAGAUUUAUAUGACAAGACUAACGUACGAAUUUUGAUUAUGUGUCCGGGUCUUACGGAGACUGCAUUGGUUGAAAAUAUCCCGAACACAAUCAGCGCUCUUGUUCGUGCUACACUAGAUAGUAUUGAAGACGAAGUCAAAAAAUUUCCAAGACAAUCUAGCGACCAUGUAGCACUUGCAAUGUUAGAUCUCAUCCAAAAGGGUAAAAAUGGAGCUGUUUGGGUCAGCGAAGAUGGUCAACCGCCUUACGCCGUGAACUUUGUCCAUUAUUCUAAGCGAUCUCAGCCGGUGUAAUACUAAUACUUAAUAUUUUAUUUCGAUUUUUCGUGACGACUCGCAUAUUUACCAAAUGUAUCAAUAUGAAAUAAAGAAUUAUGUUAAAUUUGAAA